CCUCACAGGCAGGGUGUGGCUUCUAUUCGUUCGUUUCACUGUUUGAGAUUCUUGGGAGGGGGGAGGCUUUAAAGAAGUGCCCAGUAUUAGACUGUGUCCUCUGCCCGGGCAGCUCCCCUUGUUUGCUAGAGCAGCGCACCCAUCAUGGCACUGCAUGGUCAGCAGCUGGGCUGGGACUCGUGAAUAAGGCCCCCUUUGGCCAUGGGUUCAGUGUCUCCAUUGACCCUCGUGGGUCCUGGUGGGCAUGCAGUUAAGCCACCUUUCCAAAGCCAGCCCUCUUCCUGUCUUGCCCCUAGGAUGGACCCUCCUUGGCGAGAGGGAAGUAGCUCUUCACAGCCCAUUACUGUCACUCCAAGCUCCUCACCCUACAGCUCUGCAAGCAGGGGUUAAAUAGAAUGCUGUGUAGGUAGCUCCGAGAGCCCUUGCCUGGACACCCAGCCAGAAGGCGAGACUCAUCUCAUUCCUUGGCCAAAAGGGGUCACUAAGGGUUAUCUCAUUUGGGGCCCAAAACAGAGAGGCCUGAUACAAGCCACACCCUUGCGAGUGCCCAUUUUGGGACAUACAUACUGGUAAAGACUCUGAUGUGUUUGCAGGGUAGCCCCGGUGCAGGGUGGCAUAUGCCCAAUCCUUUGAUGCAGCCAAAGACGGGUAUCUUGUUUUGGCAAAUGGUACAUCGAAGGGCUUCAGCUGCAGGAAAAAGGAGGAAAAACCCACAUGGAGCCAGACAGGAAUCAGGGGUGAAGGCCACAGAAUUCCCCAUGCACCUGCCAUGGAGAGUGCCAUGUGACGACAAAGACAGCCCCACAAAGUGUGUUGGAUGCAGAUGGAGCCAAAGAAGAGGCCUGUGGAGAAGCAAGCCAGGCGAAAGUGUCAGCUUGUGAUAAAGGGACUCACCUGGGACACAGCAGAGCAGGGCAGAGAAGCCCAGAGCCAAGAGCUUGUUCAUCUUCAGCUUCGUCACCGUAAAGCUGCAGUCGUGUGGGGAUGGGCCCUGAUUGGCUGCUGCCCGGCCUCCACCAGUGGUAAUAUAACUCCGGCUGGUGUGUGAGGUAUGCCAUACUCCGCACACUGCCCUGCACCCCUGCCUGAGCUCUUGCUCACCCAGCACACCGUGCCGCCUCCGCUUGAAGGAGAGAAAACGAAGGAUGAACAAGAUGCUGGUUCCUGUUUUCACAGCCCUGCUGUACUUCGCAACGGCGGGCGCCCUCCUGUGCCACGUGUGUGUCAGACGGCAGCCGAACAAGACGUGUCUUGCAGGGAAAAGCAUGUGCAAGGCAGGUCCGGGGGAAUCCUGCUACCUCCAGACACUCCUCCUCGGGAACUUCCCCCUCUAUUCACAGCAGGGCUGCUUCAGAGAUUGCCAGGACCAAGUCGGAGGCACAUUCAUCCAUCACGUCUUCCACUGCUGCACUGAAGACUUCUGCAACGCCUAGGGGCCACGGACACCACCUCACUUCCCACUCACUUGGGGGGCAGCUGCACUUCUGGGAGAAGUCCACUUUCUUCCUGCCUGGUUUCUUUCCUGGUUUCCCCAGUCUGAUUAAAAACCCACCAGAAUCCAAGACCUGCUGUGGCCCGCGCCUGCCCUCUCCUGUCCUCUGACCCCUCCCACUCCCAUGGCCCCCUCCCCUUUGACCCUUCUGCCUGCCUGCCCCGCCCUGCCCGGUGUCUCGCUGGCCCAGGCCCAGCACUAUGACUCCCUUGGAUCUUGGAUUUGCUGUGGUGCCGUGGGUUAAGGUGACCCCCCCCCAGCUGUUGUUCAGAGCCCCUGCCCCCCUGAGAGCAUUAAGGGGCCCUCUAGGGUGACCAGACAGCAAGUGUGAAAAGUCGGGACAGAGUGUGGGGGGUAAUAGGAGCCUAUAUAAGAAAAAGACCCCAAAAUCGGGACCAUAUAAAAUCGGGACAUCUAGGGCCCUCUUCCCUGGCAGGCCUCUGAACAGGGUGGACAGUUUGCCAGUGGGGAAGGCUCCAGUGCCCUCCCUUGGCAUUUGAGGGAUGAGGCACUGUGCCUGCCAACCAGACAGCGCCGCUCAUUCCUGCCUCCAUCCGCCAGGCUUCUCCGAAUGCCCGGUGCCAGCCCUGAGCCUGGGGCCCGUGUAACCCACCCCCCUCGGGGCAGUGCUCCGUGUCCCUCUGGCGGUGGCUGGGUGUCAGACAGAGCCUGAUGAGCCUGCCACAGCUGUGGCUGAUGGAGCUGGCUGGGUCUGUCAGCUGAGGCAGUCCCGGCUCAUGCUUUUAGGUCUAGUGGUACCAGGUUCAGUCCCCCCUGCCAACGGCCCAGCCAGGGCCAGCAUAUCAUCUGCCAUUCCAGGACUGAGGGUGGGACUGCUGUUAGGAUACUUUGUGGGGCGGGAGUCUUACCUCCU